AUGGUCGAGCCGAUCCCGACGCGCGGUCCCAUGAACCGGUGGUCUCGUUCAUGGGCGCGCCUCAACAACUGGAGCGUGUUGUCGGUCUUUGAUCCGAAACGCCGCACGCCGCAACCGCGGUCCGUGCUCGUCAAUGUACCCGUACCGUCCCAUGCGACGAUGAUGGCACCCAAGGUCUCGGUGCCGUUCAUGGCCAAGCUGAGCAAGGUCGAGCUCCCCGAUGGCACGACCCAACUCACGAAGCGCAAGCGUGGCUUCGGCUCCAGGAUCCGGCCCGCGCCCGGCUGGAUCUUCGAAUCGAACCAGGUGCUCACCUCAAAGUACAACGUCAUCACCUUCCUGCCCCGCAACUUGGUCGAGCAGUUCCGUCGUAUCGCCAACAUCUUCUUCCUGGGUGAGUGUCGGCGGUCGUGUUCUCUGGCGCGGGAUCUAGGAUCCGGGAUCUCGCUCUUGCUUUGGCUCCGGCUCGGCCUCGGGGGUCCUCGAGCCUGCGAGGCGGCCUGUCAGUGGCAGCGCGUCAGCGCCCACCCAUUCGAGGCCGAGGCGUACGGGACGCAGAUGACGACAGCUUGGGGGUCAAACUCGCUGCAGGGGCAAUGCGAAGACGAUGUGUUAUGCCCUAUCUACGGAGAGCAGCAUGCAUGGCCAUCAGCGCAGUACGACUUGUAACUCGAGGGCGGGGCCUGCUGGUGUCAGUCUCACUGCGCGGCGCUCAGCGUCUCAGAGUUCACCUCCACUUGUGCUGGGCUUCGAGAGACGAACGAUCGCAUCGCGGCUGCAUCAAGAACGCACAGAUGUCGAUCGCCAGUUCGAUGGCAUGGACCCUUGUUCGCACCUGAUAUCUCACCCCUGAACUAACCCAAAUCUCUCCGUUUUUCCCAGUCUUGGUCGUUCUGCAAUUUUUCCCCCGAUUCACGACCGUGAAUCCCGGACUAUCGGCGCUCCCCUUGUUGGCUGUGCUCACCAUCACCGCGCUCAAGGACGGCUACGAGGAUCUCAAGCGACACCAGAGUGAUCGCUCCAUCAACAAUAUCAAGGUAUGUGUGCUCGCGCCGUUUUCCUCGACCCGCGCGAGAUGACCCACUUAGGGACUGGCCACAUGACCCACAGGUACUCGCCCUCCGAGGCACAUUCCACAACCCCAAUGCGACCCGAAUCAAGUCGCGCACCUUCACCUUGCCUGCCUUCAUUCGCAACAUCUUUGUCAGGCGAUCCCUGAUCCAGGAGGCCGAAGCGGCCGAGGACGAGCGACAGGCCGAACGGAAAAAGGGCUUCUGGGGGAAACGCAAGAUUCGCAUGCCCAAGCAGAAGAAGGCCGUUAGCACAUCCGAAACCAACUCGAUACACGAGCAAGAAUCGAGCGAGAUUCCUCGGGACGCCCCUGGAGGAGGCAACUUGCAAAGUGCGAAGAAGAAGAGCGCCGCGCGUGAGGCACAAGCCCCGGAGAGGCAUGAGAGACUAGACGGCGAUCACUACGCCGACGACGAGGACCACGCCACCUCCCAGGUUCAUGGCGGUGACGCGCCGCAUCCGGGUUCCGAGCCUCACCACGAGGGCGCUCACUUUCCUCACCUCGGCGGUCACCACUAUUCGCACGCUGUCUGGGCCAAGGAAUGCUGGGAGGAUCUCCGAGUCGGUGAUUUUGUUCGCCUGAGGGGUGACGAGCCUGUACCCGCUGGUGAGUGUGAUUGUUGGAUCACGAUUCGCUCGUUACGGCAUGUUCAAAAUUGAAAGCUGACUCCGUGACCCCGUGUUCCAUAGAUCUGGUCAUUUGUGCCACAUCGGAAGAAGAGAAUGUGUGCUACGUCGAGACUAAGAACUUAGACGGGGAGACCAACCUCAAAUCGCGACACGCCGUUCCCGAGCUCACGCACCUGCGCACUUCGACUCUGAUCGAAACCGAAGCCAGAUUCACCAUCAAUGCCGAAGCGGCCGACGUCAACAUGUUCAACUAUAAUGCCGCCGUCAUUCUCGAGGAUGGUCGGUUAGGCAAGGACGGCAAGCCGCUUAGGUGCCCUGUCAACCUCAAUACGGUCCUUCUGCGAGGUACGGUCGUGCGUAACACGGAUUGGGUCAUCGGCGUGGUGGUCAUGUCGGGCCGCGACACCAAAAUCGUGCUCAACUCGGGCGGAACACCUUCGAAGCGGAGCAAGGUUGAACGCUUAAUGAACCCGAUGGUCUUCAUCAACCUGGCGCUGCUCGCGGCGAUGUGCAUUAUGUGCGCUAUCGUUGACCACUUCCUCGAAAAGGCGCAAUACCCCGAGGGCGCGUACUGGCUCUACGGCGCUGACCGAGGCGAUGACAACCCCAACAUCAACGCCCUCAUCACUUUUGCCAACGCCAUGAUCGCAUUCCAAAACAUUGUGCCCAUCUCGCUCUAUAUCUCGAUCGAGUUUGUCCGGUUGCUCCAGGCGUUCUUCAUCUACGCUGACAACGAAAUCUGCUAUCGCAACGGGACAACGAAGCACCGGACGAUCGCUCGCAGCUGGAACUUGUCGGACGAUCUCGGUCAAAUCGAAUACGUCUUCAGUGACAAGACUGGCACGCUAACGCAGAAUGCAAUGAUCUUCCAGCAAUGCUCGGUCGCUGGCAAGGUCUACCGGGGCGAUGGCCUGGCCCCGGCCGGCACUGUUGUACCUGGCGCCAACCGAGAUUCGUCGUCGACUGGGGCACCUACAUUCCACGUUGGCUCGGCCAGCGAUGCUGAGAAAGGGGAUGCUAGCUCUGGGCUGAGCAGCGACGAUCAUGACAAGAAGAACACCAAACUCGCGGACACCGUUCUCGCACCUUUCCACGAUGCCAGGAUCGGGUCCGAUCUAGCCGACCGUGACGCCGAAGCGUCUACAAACCUCUACGCCUUCUUCUCCAACCUUGCGCUUUGCCACACUGUGCUGGCUGCGGAAGAGGACGGGCUCAUCUCGUACAAAGCGCAAUCGCCCGACGAAGCCGCGCUCGUGCAAGCCGCAGCCGAUGUCGGGUUCGUCUUCCUGGGUCGAGACAAAGACGUGCUUCGCAUCCAAACCCCUCACGACGACGACGUCGUCGAGUACGUCUUGCUGAACGUGCUCGAGUUCACCUCGUCGCGCAAGCGUAUGUCGGUCGUCGUUCGCCGCGUAUCUGGGGAGCACGCCGGUCAGCUGUACCUCCUGUCCAAGGGAGCGGACAACGUUAUCUUUGAGCGACUGGCGCCUGGUAGUGAGCACCGCAAGAAGGCGACCGAUAAGCACCUCGAGGAGUUUGCCAAUGAAGGCUUGCGCACGCUGUGCCUCGCCUACAAGGAGCUCGAUGAGGACCAGUACGAGGCAUGGGAGCGCGAAUUCCACGAAGCGACGACGCUCAUUGACGGCCGAGAGGAGGCGAUCGAGGCCGCAUCAGAAAGAAUCGAGACCAACCUCGUGCUCCUCGGCGCGACGGCGAUUGAGGAUCGACUGCAAGACGGUGUGCCCGAAGCCAUCGCAGACCUCAAGCGAGCGGGCCUCAAGAUCUGGGUCGCGACCGGCGACAAGGUCGAGACGGCGAUCGCGAUCGGCAAGACGUGCAACUUGCUCUCGCGCGAUAUGAACGUCAUCAUCGUUCGAGGUGGCGAGUACAAUAUGCCGUCUUCGGCCUAUAGUCAGAUCCGCAACGCGCUCGAGAAGUUCUUCGAUGUCGGCGACCUCGCCGACCGGGUCUACCCGCAGCCCCCUGGUGCGGUUGGGAACCUGCCACGACCUAGCGAUCUUCCCGGCGGCCUCAAGCGCCACAACACGCGUCAAUCGGGACUCACCGAUAUCGUGGGUGACGACAACGGGCAAAGGCCAGGAGGCUACGGUCUCGUCAUCGAUGGUGCCACGCUCCGACACGCCUUCGCAGAGCCUUACACCAAGCAGCUCAUGCUCGAACUCGCGACCCGAUGCCGCGCUGUCAUUUGCUGCCGUACUUCUCCUCUGCAAAAAGCCCUGAUUGUCCGCCUCGUGAAGGACGGGUUGGGAGCGAUGUGCCUCGCCAUUGGUGACGGUGCCAACGACGUCUCAAUGAUCCAGGCGGCAGACAUCGGAGUCGGGGUCGCGGGUGAAGAAGGACUGCAAGCCGUCAACUCGUCCGACUACGCGAUUGGCCAAUUCCGCUACCUGCAGCGACUGCUCCUCGUCCAUGGCCACUGGUCCUACAUGCGCAACGCGAAUAUGAUUGUCAACUUCUUUUACAAGGAAAUCAUCGGUAUUGGGAUCUUGUUCUGGUUCCAGUUCUACUGCGGCUACUCGGCAACGACCGUCUACGAAUAUACCUACUUGCUCUUCUGGAACGUUUUCUGGACGCUUCGUAAGUUUUUGACUUCAUCGUUCUCUGAUUCUUCUCUCUGGACUCAACGCUGACCUCGCGAUCCCACAGUCCCGGUGAUUGCAAUUGGGGUCUUCGACCGAAGUGUCAGUGACCGAGUACUCAUGCAGGUGCCCGAGCUGUACGUCUAUGGCCGCAAGGGUGCGUUGUUCGGCCUCAAGCGUUUCACCUUCUAUAUGCUCGAUGGUAUCUACCAGGUCAGUCUUACCUAACCACACCCCCAGCUCGUCUGCUAACCCACGCACGAUUUUGCCCACAGUCCGCGGUCAUCUACUUCUUCCUGGCCUACGCGUAUGACACGACAACGGCUCGCCGUGAUGGGUACGACAUCCAGAUGUACGAGUUCUCAACCGUGAUGGCGAUCAGUGCCGUCAUCGCCGCCAAUUUGUACAACGGUCUCAACACAAAAGCCUGGACGUGGUGGGUCGCCUUUAGCGUCUUUCUCGGGCCGGUCCUCAUCUUGCUCUACACCGCCGUCUAUUCGGCGUUCUCUCCGUCCUUCAUUUGGACCUACGUCUACGGCAACAACCAGUUCCUCUGGCCAUCCGUCUACUACUGGCUGGGUUUACUGUUUACCAUCGUACUCUCGCUCUUGCCCCGCUACUUGUACCGCUACUAUAAGGAGAAUUACUACCCGACCGACGUCGAUAUCCUUCAGUGGACCGAUAAACAAGAACCGAAGCAGUGAGUGGAGGGCUCAUCUGAACCAGCACUGUGAUGCAUGAUCGACUUAUUGCGCGGCUUGCCUCGUCCUCCUUCAGUGACUGGGUUAAUGACCCUUACAUGCCGCAACGUCGCGGUGCCUCUGGGCCGGCCACAACGAGUGCCCAUGACAUCUACCAGCACGACAAUGGCUCCGCUCACGCCGAUGACACGCAUCCCAUCUUCGCUCCUGGGCGACCCAGCCUCAACGAAGAGCCUAACUCUUUCCCGCUGGGCCAUCGUCUCAGCCGACAGAGCACGACGCACGACAUGUCGACGGGUCUGGCUUCGUCGGGUCAAGGCCGUGGUUUCAACUACGACGAGCAACCGCCGGCGCCGUUGUCGAUUGCUCGAUACACCUCGCGAACAAGCGACCAUUCGUCGAUUCGAACGCGUCCGAGAAAGGGCAGUCUUCGUCUUGCCGGUGUCGAGCUCAACCCGUUCGCGCGGUCACCGAGUAAGACGAGGACCGGAUCGGUCUUGAACCCCUCGAGGCUGUUUAGCGGAAGACGAUCAGCCAUCCCGGAAGGAAACGAGGCAACGACGCCGACACGGUCUCCCAUUGCGCGGUCACCGCGACCGGGGCAGGGAGGAGAGUCGACCGCCGACUACCCCAUGAUCGGGGGGCAAUUGGGGGGUGAAUCACCGUCUAAGUGA